GUUUUCUCACUCAGAUUGAAAUUUCCAAUUCCAAACCCUUACACUCUCUUUUCCUCUCUAGAGCUACCAAUAGUAUCUCCGACGGAAGCGCGUGUGUUUUCCAAACGGCGCGUAGAGAUUCCACCUUCGCGUGAUCGUUGGUUUAUUCAAUUCAUCUCUUGUACGAUCCACAUUGAGAAUUUCAUGCCGGAGAUACGCCGGAGUCUCACCGGCCAGCCGUGAUUUCGUGAUUUUAUGGCAUCGGCUUUAUUAGCCAACCGUAACGAACCAAAUUGGCUGCAACACAGAGGCGGUGGAGCUGAAUUCAUGGGUAAAGCACCUAACCCUAACCCUAAAUUUAGUAACAAAAAGAGAACUCAAUCCCCAUCAGAUGACGCUUCCUCAAUCAAUCGACGAUCCAACGAUAAUCAUUCACAAUACGUUACUUUCAACAUCGAAUCGUACUCAAAGACGGAGCUACAUGACCUCAAAAAUCGACUCGUAUCAGAACUCGACCAAAUUCGUCAGCUUAAGACUCGAAUUGAAUCAGGUGAGUUUAAACCCAGGCUAAACCACAACGGUGGUGGUCCCAAUAAGAAAUCGGGGAGCAAAAAGUUUUCCGGCAACAAACGACCUUUUCCGGCGGAGAAGGAAUUGAAGAAAUCAAAGUCAGAGAUUGGGGAUGCGAUGAAGGCUUGUGGUCAGAUUUUGACGAAGCUGAUGAAAAACAAAAGUGGUUGGAUUUUUAACACUUGGAUCUUUAACACUCCUGUAAAUGCAACGGCUUUGAAUCUUCAUGAUUACUUUGAUAUAAUUAAGCAUCCUAUGGAUCUGGGUACUGUGAAGUCAAAACUUGCUAAGAAUGCUUACUCUACACCGGCGGAAUUUGCUGAUGAUGUAAAGUUAACGUUCAAAAAUGCAUUGACAUACAAUCCCAAGGGCCAUGAUGUUAACACCGCGGCGAUGCAGCUUCUUGAAAAAUUUGAGGAGCUUUAUCGACCAAUACAAGAAAAAUUUGAUGAAAAAAGUUUUGAUGAUGAAUUACAGGCUAGCUCGUGGAACCAUGUUGAACCGGAGAGGGAAAGGGAGAAGGUCAAGAAGAAAGAUAAUCCGAUUCCAAUCCCUCCACCGGUAGCAAAACGCCAAGAGUCACUGCCUGAGCCUGCUAGUACUUCUAACCAGCCAAGCACUUCGAAUCCCCAAUUAGCUCAAUCACCAGUUCGUAUACCCUCCCCAAUGCGAGCACUUCCGGUGAAGCCCUUGAAGCAGCCCAAGCCAAAGGCCAGGGAUCCAAAUAAGAGGGAAAUGAAUGUCGAAGAAAAGCACAAAUUGGGGCUUGGGUUGCAGAUUUUGCCACCAGAGAAGAUGGAACAAGUGGUACAGAUCAUAAGGAAGAGAAAUGGGCAUCUGGAGCAAGAUGGGGAUGAGAUUGAGCUUGAUAUGGAGGCUGUUGACACGGAGACUCUCUGGGAACUCGAUCGAUUGGUUACCAAUUGGAAAAAGAUGGUGAGCAAGAUUAAGCGGCAGGCGCUAAUGGAUAAUAAUAAUGUGCCUUCAAACAAAGGCAAUGGGGAAUUGCCUGAUAGGGAGAAGGUUGAUGCAACCCCUCCUUCUGAGGGGAAGAAGCAGAAGAAGAUAGAUACUGUUGAUGAAGAUGUUGACAUUGGCGAUGAUAUGCCGGCAAACAAUUUCCCACCUGUGGAGAUUGAGAAAGAUAAAGAUAUGGGUGCUACUGGUGGCGGUGCCAGUAGUAGUUCCAGUGGCUCCAGCAGUUCUGGGAGUGAUUCCUCGUCGAGUGAUUCGGAUUCAGGGAGUUCUUCAGGAAGUGACUCUGAAGCGGGCAAUGGUCAUUUGUAGCAGGGUAGGGCUUUUGGUACUAAUGGUCAUCGAGACAAACCGAUGCCGGUUAGCGGAUCAAGAAAUGUUUGUGCUUGAGUGUGUGGGCUAGGUAUGUCAAUUUGAUUGAUUGAUACAUGUACAUUUCUUUUGCUGCAAAGGCUUAAAUGCUUUGCAGAUAACAUAGCUGGCCAAAUUUAUGAUGAUAGUCUUUUAUUUUUUGUAACACGGGUAGUGGAUAUUGAUUGUUGGUUUCACCAUGGGAAUGGCUAAUUGGAUUGGACUAAGGGCACCUGAUCCAUGAUUUGCGUUGUGACUUUGGAGUGUAUAAAGGGUUUGGACAAUGAUCAAAAGCAGUAGUAGGACCAGAAAGUAGCAAGUAAUCUGUGGUAAAAAUUUCUCUAGUAGGAUAGAUGCUUAAGAAAGUUUAGGAAGAUAAUCAAUAGAUGUAGUACUUUUAUGUGAUUACUUUGUACACAUUUACAGUAAGUAGAUAAAUCACUCUUAAAUUUUGGAGAAAGAAUUUUUGUGGAUCUGCAAUUCAUUUGUCGUGAUUGUUAAUUUGAUGAAGUUUACCUUCUC